ACGACAGUCCAAUAAUUGGUUUGGUGUUCCAACAAAACUGUCCCCAUAGAACCUGAUCCAAUCUCUCCCAUUAGACUAGACCAGCCCAGCCUGCCUCCCCCUCAUCAAUAGUGGCUCGGCCCAAACCUGAAUGGAUGCUGAGACAGCGAGAGUCUCCUCUCUCUACUAUGCAGGGAUGCCUCAGAGUGUGUGAAUCUCACAAUCCAAGGGAAAACUUUAUGGCUUUGCCUCACAGCAUACAGCAAUGGAUACAAUAUCUGUUUUAUAAAAACAUUCACUUGGAUAUGUAAGAAAAUAUUUAUUUAGCAUUUCAGACAUGUUGUGGAUUAUACUGUGGGCUAAACAAAGCAGAGUUCAGGAUAAAAUCUACAUUGAGAUCCAUACUCCUCGACAAAACAAAUGUCAGGUGUGACCUAUUGCUGAUGCCCGAGGCAAGGAUAUAUACCUGUACCAAACUUGCCUUGGAUAGCACCAACCAGUGGGAGUGGGAGACCUCACAGCUGAAAAGUCCCGACGUGAUACCAGACACGACCUUUACCUCUCCUGAAGAAAUGCAACUUGUUGUUUCACUGAAGAGUCAUGGCAGAUAAGAUGAUAUGGGAGCCAGCCCAUCAGGCCCCUAGCUGGAUCCUACAUGUGUUGUGUGGCUUAUGAAUGGAAUGAUCAGUGGGGCAACCCUGAGCAGGAUCUACCUCGUGUGGUGUCACCGUGUCAAGGAAUACCCUCAUGACUGUCUGCUUCUGGUGGCUUGCCGUGUCCCCGCAGGGUCCCGCGUCAGGAUGUGCACCUGGCAGGCAGGGUGCAACGUGACAGGGGCAGCAGGGGCAGGGGGGAACAACACCACCUGGGUGGGCGUGGAGGAGAGAGAACACAACUGGAACGUUCUGCUGCUGGCGCCGGUGGUUGUGUUCGGGGUGGCAGGUAACACCCUAGUCAUCAUGGCCAUAUCGCUGGAGAAGCGGCUGCAGAACGUCACCAACUACUUCCUCAUGUCCUUGGCAGUCACUGACUUACUUGUGUCCCUCAUCGUCAUGCCACUUAGUAUCAUCAACGAGAUUACAGGUCAGUGGCUGUUUGGGCUGACUCUGUGCAACCUCUUUGUGACGUCUGAUGUGUUCAUGUGUACAUCCUCUAUACUGCAUCUGUGUACAAUAUCACUAGAGAGAUACAUUGGCAUCAGAUACCCACUGUGGACCAAAAACAAAUCUAAACGGGUUGUGCUGAUGAAGAUAGUGUUGGUGUGGACGAUAGCCUUUGCCAUAUCAAGCCCUAUAUCUAUCCUAGGCUUUGUGGAUGGGAAGAACAUUCUGCAGAACGAGCAAUGUGUGUUGGAUAAUGAGCACUUUCAGACGUAUGGUUCUAUCUUCGCUUUCUUCAUCCCUCUGGUCAUAAUGAUCAUUAUGUACACGCUGACUGUGCGGAUGUUGAACAAACAGGCCAAAAUGUGUAGCAAUGACAAGGAAGGACAGCCAAUGAUGAGAAGGUCGACAAGCAGGCGCCAUUGGAAGGCGGGUGAUAGUCAAAAACGAGAACAUCUAAGAUUUUCCCGCUCUUUCCCAAUAUCUUCUGGUAGUACUGAUGAACAGAGCCAAUGUGUUAAUCAGUACAAACCUCUAACAAAGAGAAACACUGUCCCUCGUUCUCAGCAAAAUGCAAUCAGUCUUAGACGUGGCAUUGACAACAGAGUGGAAUAUACAUUUCGAAAUGGAAGUGCUCAGGACUUGGUCAACCCAAGCCCUGACAGAUCAAACUGCUGCAAAAUUAAUUUAAUAGCUAAAAAAGAACCAAUGAAAUUGCGUGACCUGGUCAAGAAGCAUCAUGUUGCCAUCAAAGCUGCCAAUAUUCUUCUUCUGAAGAAAGACUCUAUUCGAAAGGACAGCAAUUCUGUUCAAACUGAACAGAAAGCAUCUAAAGUUCUUGGUGUGGUGUUUCUGAUCUUUGUGAUAUGUUGGGCACCGUUCUUCCUGGUCAACAUACUGACAGCUCUGUGCAAGACAUGUACCUUCCAACCGAUGCUCAUCACAGCCUUUGUCUGGCUAGGUUACGUCUCCAGCACCCUCAACCCAAUCAUCUACACAGUCUUUAACAAAAUAUUUAAGCAGACCUUCAUUAAGCUGUUGUGUUGCCGAUAUAACACUCUCCACAGAGGACGGCGUCACAGCGCCAUUACCUCCCGAACAGGACUCAUGUGCAAUUCAAUGUGUGGCUCUGGCAACAGCCACAGCAUGGAGGAAUCGGCAUGCUAACACGGCAUAUCCAGACUGCAGUGCUGCAGAAGUGACAGGUGGAUUCCAGAAUCAUUACAUGUCUUGGAUUACAAUUCUCUGCAUUACCUCUUUCCUUCAUUAUGAAGUCAUGUUUCCAGUAACACUUCCACUUUCUUAGACAUCCAAUGUGAGGAGGAACUAUUCAGUAUGAUCAGUCCAUGGCAAUGUAAAGUUGCUGCAAGUAUUGGAUUCAGUUUCAGAGACAAUAUGUUCUGUGUUUCAAUGGCUUGUUGAGUCAAGCAUUCACAAGAUUUCCUUCCAAACCCUUCUUUAUGAACUAAUGGGUAACAAUGUAUCUGGUUCUACUAUUAGUUUCUCUAAUAGUUGAGAAUAUCUUUGUGGUGAAUAUCUGCUGCUAAGGUCACAACAGUGCUAACAUGUAUAUAGCAACUACAGGUCUUUCUCCUCCUAAGAUACUACAAAAAACAAGUUCUGUCAAACUGCUCAAGAACUCAUGGAUCUAAUCACAAAACACUUAAAAAUGAUUUUUGAGACUUAAAAAAAUCAAAAAGAUGAUUGAUCAGUUUUAGAUUUAUUAAAUACACCAAAGAUCCAGCAGAAUGUACAGUAAUAGGGUUCUGCUUCGUCAACUGUCACAGCCCUCGUGUGGAAAUGAGGGCUGUAUAUCCCCUAUAGUCACAAAAUCAUAAAUGUGUCAUGUUCUUGGAACAGAGCUCUGGUUCCUAGAAGCACUGCUAUUACUCUGUUAAGAAACGUCUUGCUAUGAGGAUUCUCAGGGCAGAACAACUAGUUUGAAACCCACCAGAAUGUAUUCCAGUGUGAUAAGGAUAUCAUCUUGUGUGCAACUACAAACGAUGCUUCAGGAAUAUGUUACCAAAGGCUGUGAUGAUGAUAUUUAUACAUAAAUGUUCUUCCUAAAUAUCGUCAAGGUUCUGGAAACACUCUAGUGGAAACAACCAGACUGAUCUGGAACUGCUACAAAUCAUCUUGUGUAGCUGUCAGGUUGAAUACUCAAGUGAUACGAGGAAUCUAUCCAUCUGGAGACUGGGACUACAAGUCGAUAGAUACACUGAAAUGCUGCAGGGAAAUGGUUUGCAUGUAAUGUAAAACAAUCACCAUUUUGGACUUGACAGAUUUGUGCAGAAAAGUUCAGAACAUUUUGAGAUCAUGUCAAUAUGACCUUAACUUGUGAUUACAAGGUCACAUGGCCAAACUGAGGAAAAACACACUUGGUACCACAAACAGUUCCUUGAAAAGAGGAGUUAUGCAUAAUUUGCUGGUGCCGAUGGUCUUGCAAACACAGACUCCUUCAGUGAGAUGUAUUCUCUCAGAAGACAACGUGUCAAAGCUUUUUUGUAAAAUGUUUGUGCGUGUGUGAAUAUAUCUAUUCAGAUGCAGUGUGGAUGUAACCAAGCUUGGACAUAUUGACAGACAUCAACAAGGAAGUGACACAUGGAAUUACUCAUUGGGAACUUUGUUCUUGAGUAUGAUGCGAGCAAUUCAAAAUAUUCUGGCAUUUAUUGAUAUUAAGCAGAUAUGUAUGGGGAAAUUUCUCCAAGAUUAAAGACAAUGGCGGAUAGCUGUUACUCAAGCCAAACACAGUCAGACAGUUCAAGACAUAAACUGUAAAAAGAGAUGAAAUUGUUGCUUUUAAGUUUCUCAUCAUUUCAUGCCAUGUUUGAUACAAACAUCUCCUACAAACACAAUUCAAGUUUAUACACAUCCAGGUAUCAAUCAUGCAAAUGAAGUGAGGUUGUUUGGGUUUGAUUUGUAUUUUAAAGAAAUACUUUUUGAAUAUAGGACUGAAUGCCUUCAUUUGAUCACAGUCAAAGCCCAUGCUUUUAACACCAAAUGACAUAUUCAAAUUCCUUAAUAGCAUAUAAUGCUGAAAAAUCAAAGAAAAUUGACAUUGAAUGUCUGAUUGAUUCACUAUCCUGAUUGUCAAGUCCAAAUGACAGAAAUAUGAUUAUGAUAGAAUGGCAUUGUUUCCGUUACAUCAUCUCAUUCCACCAUGUGACGCAGUGAUCAUGUUUCAUCAGCCGUGUUUCAAGUAUAUAGAGUAUGUUUUGUAUCAGACAUAUUCUGUGAUACCUGGUCAGAUGACAUUGUUGUGUUUUUGAUAGAUCUAUAUUCCAGUGUCUUACCUACACGUACGUUAGUUCAACUACAAGAUAAGCUGCUUGUGUGGACUGCUGAUUACCCAACGGAGAGACCAUACCAUACAGCAGAACUUACACAUCUCCAAAGGACAAUCCUUCAAAUGUCUUUCAAAACACUUCUCCCACACUACAAAGAUAAUUUUGAUCUUUUCAAAUGGUAAUUUUUUCAUCACAUCAAGGCAUAAAUCAUCAGAAAUCAAAAGAAAACAACACCAAAAAAUAGGACAGAAACGAUUAAGGGAAAUCAUAUCUGACAAAAUUGUCCUAAUUUUCAGACAAAUUUGAAACAUUUUCCCUCGUUAAUUCACCAUUUCGUCAAGGUAAAUUAAUACCUUGAUAUCAGGAAUGGCCUAACACACAGUCUGAAAGGAGGAGCUCCAGCCCAAUAGCAUCUGACAUGAAGGCGUAUUCCAGCCAAGUCACCUGACCUGACAUCCACCACUACCAGUACCUAGGACUGAUGCAUACUAGACUAUUGUAUGUCCCUGUAGGAACAUGAACAUGCUGAGUACAUCUGUGUAUGUUGUGUACACUGUACACCGGGUACAUCUUGUGGAGUAUAUUUUGACAUUCAUAUCUGUCCGACACAAUGUUCAAUUACAGAAUAUAUUGUUUAGUGACACAGACAAUAAAUUAUUACAGAGAUAUUA